CUUGUUUUGGCAAUAAAGAAUCAGAGUAGCUCUACUAGCGGCAUGCACCUUUAUUUUGUUAAGGUGAAGAAAAGCUGUUGCUACAACAUGUCACCGCAUGGAGCCCACACCCUAAAGGUAAUAUUGACUCAUGGUGGUGUGUGUAAAGUGCUGUGAGGGAGCCCAGCACUCAGACAUCGGGCUGCCGUCCUGCAGACGGUGGCUGGAAACAGCGUGUGCAUGUUCUGGAGCAAUGGCAUGACUGGACCUUUGACUGCAGGAUCCACUGAUCUGCUCCUCGUCUGCAGCCAUGGCCGCUCUCAGCCAGAUCAUCUUUUACAGCAUGGUGACCCUCAUCCUCGUUUUCUCGGCCCUCAUCAUCCUCAUCUUAGCCUUGACCUUUACAAAGUCCUCGCCCCGCGUGAUGAGCAGCGACGCGGCGCCGGUCGCCAACCUCGGCCGCGAUGAGCUCCUCAGCUGCUUCCUCAGCACCUCCUCCUCCGCCGCCGCCCUCGCGCAGGUGUCCGUCACCUGGGAGAGGAAGGACCUCAGCGCGCUCGUUUACAAGUUCGACAACGGCGCCCCGGACCUGGCGAAGCAGGCCCCGCAGUACAAGGACAGAACCCAAGUCUUCCCCGGCCAGCUGGUGUCGGGCAACGCGUCCCUGCUGCUGAGGAGCGUGAGGAGCGGAGACGGGGGCGUCUACACCUGCACCAUCAGCUCCUCCGGCGGCGGCGGGACGGUCAACAUCAACCUCAGAGCAGCAGCCUUUUCCGCCCCGACGUUCAACGUCUCCGGCGACGCCCUGCGAGCGCUGGCGGGCGGGUGGCUCCCCGAGCCCGACGUGACGUGGGCGGACGCCGCCGGACGCCCCCUGAGCGCCAACACCAGCGUGGAGCUGAGCGCCGCGGGGACGUUCAGCGUCGCCAGCGCGCUGCCGUCCGUCAACGCCAGCAGCACCUACACCUGCAGCAUCCACAGCCGCCUGGUGGCCGCCGUCUCCGAGGCAACUGUGGCUCAGGACUACAGUGUUUCUGCGAAGACAGAAUUCUACUUCGGCGCAGCUCCAUCCCUGCUGGCACCAGCGUACCUCAACAUUAUAACCAGUGUCCUCUGCAUCUAUUCAUGAAAUGUUCCACACACUUAUUCAACCACACAGUCGGUGAAUCUCCAACGACUAAAUACUGUGUCACUGAGUAAAUACUGUUCGAUACGAAACAUGCUGCUGCGUUUGCCUUGAAGGCUUCAGAAUUAUUUAGAUGGUAAACAAAGCAACUACAGAAUGUAAAACACAACCAAACACACAAAUGUAGUUACACAGUCCAGAGCAAACAUGUUUUGUCACAUUGCUUUUACCCCUCAGAGGCGUCAGACUCUGAGGACCAUGUGUCCUGUGUAAUAAACCUCUCACGUGUGUUUACUUUGAUUUGUGUAAAAUGAUGAGAUAAAGCCCCUCCUUGUGUUUCAGGGUUAUUAAAGCUAAGUAAACUCAAUAAAGAAGUCAAGAAAAACA